CGAUGGCAGUCACCUUGUCGUGGUGCAGGGGCUUAAUCGAAUCACUAAUCAGACCUUAUUAGGGUUUGGCAAUGCAUGCGCUUAAGUAUAAGUACUUGUGUAUGCAUUCCAUUAAUCCUAAUUCGGGCUGCUUUUUGAAAUGACCAAGUACUGCCAACCCCCCUAAUCCAGGGUGUUAUGCGAUACCGUGCCCAUUGGAUGGUUUGCAGCCAGGGGGUUUAACAGACCGGCUGUAUUGUAACGGCGCCUUCCUGACACCGGGCCGCCUCAGGGAGUAACCGUGGCCUUGCUGCGGCAUGGGGCGCUGCCGUGGUGUACCGUUUGAAUUCCCCAAUAUAUUACUUAGACUACUGAGCUCGCCUCGUCGAGCAGGUGGUCGUACGAACAAGAUGAAGUCAACUAAAUACAUAAAUUAUAAUCAAAACCAACAAGUUUUAACUGAGCUCUUAGGUCAGUUAAUGAGAAGUAGCAACUCAUCAAAUGGCUAUAGUGGAGGAGGUGGUGGUGGUGGUGGUAUCGCUAGAAAUAGAGGUAGCAUCAGGCGGACAGCUUCAAGAGCAAGACGCCGACCAGGUAUUAGAUCGUCGGCUCCCGCAGCGGUGCGAAGACCUGCUGUCGCUAAGCCAACUAGUGGCAGUUCUGCAAGACCUUCGUCAACAGCUGGUGGUCAAAAGCGGAAUGCCACAGAAAGUGCUGGUGGGCCUGAAAAGAAAAAAACCACAUCGGAUGACACAGCAAAGAGUGGCGCAUCUAAAGAUAGCAGCAAAGUAGCUGCCGAAGAACCACUUUUGAAGGGAUUGUGUGAGUCGGGUGUGCGGUGGUAUCUGCGGUAUGUAAAAGAGGGGCUUGAACCUAAAGCGGCGGCCAAAAAGGCUUGGGAACACUACACAGAACCAGUGGAUUAUGAACCUCAGUGGGGUAAAGAGUUCCAAGUUAGAGAAGUCGAGGUGGAAGAAUACAAAUCGAGGCUCAGAAUUCGAAGGCGGACAACGCGAAAAAUUGAAAUCAAUGAAGAUUAUCGCAUUGCUGUGCAUCCGAAAGAUUUCCCAGAUCAAAUGCUCGAUUUGAAUACUUUAUAUACGCUCGAAGAAGCAAUCGCAACAGAGAUAGCAAAAGGUGCUGAUGCCAAACUACAAUUCGCCGUUGCGCAUUUGCGGCCUGGUGCAUUGUUAUGUGAUUGCGUUAACGAAGAGACCGUUAAUUGGCUGAAAGAUAUCGUAACAAAGCUAACCGAUUGGGACGGUCCAGAAUUGACAACCAGUCAAGAGCGUGUCAUCCCCGAUGCUUAUGUCAUGACUUUAGCGUUGCCCAAGAGCAUUGGCCAAGAUUUCGAUCGCACAUUGGCUUUAAUUGCGGCACAAAAUGAAGACUUGAACACGGAGGUGUGGAAGUUUGUGAAUGAACGUGAAGAGAAUGAGAAACAAGUGGUGACGAUACGUGUAGAUAAGGAUUCAUUCAAUGCUAUGAAACGUAAUGAAUGGAAACUUUACUACAGAUUCGAAAAACUCAGCGCACAUUUCCAUCGCUACUUACGUUAUGGCAAACCUACUUUAUGGAUUACCAAUCCAAGUUGUCACAAGCAAAAUCAGGUGAAACCACCUGGUCCAUCGAGUGCAGUCUAAAAAUAUAAAUUGUUUAAAAAAUCUCCUCUGUGUCGUUUACCUGCUUUGCUAUCAAAUGCAUUGAAAAAACAUAAAAAUCCAAUUAAAGUUUGCGGGCGGCGUUCAAUUUGGUAUUGCAAUGUGGCCAACACCUGUUCGGGCAAUUUCGGUAUAUGCUCUCCUGUUGGAUGAUAGCCAUUGGCAUCUGCGACAUAUGUCAUUGUUAUUGGUAUGCCUUCCACCGAAAUGUACUGCACCACGCCACUAUGCCCAAAUUCAUUGCCCGCUACUUUCGUGGUUAUGCCAUUAGACGUUUGGUACUCAUAAUGGAAAUCACCCUUGGCAUUGGCCACCUGGUUUUUAUAGUAAAUGGUGUAUGCAUCACGUUCAAUUGGUGGUCUCACAGCCGCAUGCACCGCUAACAGAUGUGCAAAUAUAUGAAAGCAGAGUAGGCAAAACACGAGGAGACGCUUGAACUGGAGUCGAUGGAAAAGCAACUUAUUAUUUAUUGUCCAUAAAUUAGUAGAAAAUAAGCCAAUAAAAUUAUGUGUAUGUACGUGUAAUGUGUAAUGAUGAAUUAUGAACAAACAAACCAUUACUUGUUGAAAUAGUAUUCCAACGCUGAAUCGAAUUUUACGUCUCAAUCGCAUUGUGAAAAACAUUCCCAUUUGAUUGAUUAUAUAGCGUGUCUAAUGGCUGAUUUGUUUGCUAAACAUUUAACGUCGUCGAAGGUUCGCUUGAUAAAAUGUUGAUUUAUUUACGUCUCAUAUGCAAACGCACUCACGCACGCAUUUACACACGACCGAGCGUAAAGGGGAACAAGCCAAGAAACCUGCAGCGAGCAAACACCGCCGUAACGAAAUGAAGCGGGAUUCUUUUGCUGCGGAGGCUUUUAUAGAUGCGGUGCUGGCAUGCGAAUUAAUUCGGCAAAUAAUUCUUAAAUGAAAAAGAGAAAAAUGUCGAAGUUAAUUAGUUUAAUAUCAAGUCUGCGACAUAAUCCACUGCCUGCAGGUUGUUCAUGUCACUUUGAGCAGUUGAUGUGACGUGUGCAUUUGGUUAUGACACAUCUAAGAAGCGCUGAAAGUAAAAUGAAUCUAUGGGUAAAACACUAUGAUAGUAGUGAUUUUUCUAAAUCCUGUUUAGCACGUUUCUCGCAUGCAUGUAGGUCGCAUUGUGUGUACAUAUGAGUCUAUAAAUCAAGCAUUGUUAUGCUUAAACUAAAACAAUUUUAAAUAACACGAUGAAGUCGUCAGUCGAUCGCUAUACAUAAAAAAUCAUCAUAAACAUCAAAAAAUGCAAUUCACCAAUUUCUACAUAUUAUGUAAGCGCUAUAUUUGCGAUAAAUAAAAUCUUCAUUUCUAUACCGAUAUGAUGGUAAUAAAUCGA